AUGAGCGCAGCGAAGGCGGGGGCAUCGGCCGUGCCUCGGGUCCUAUACCGGGGCCCACCUGGCAUGAAAAGGGCAUUGUACUACUUCAUCGGAGCCGUUUUCACAGGCGCCGGAUGCUACCAAGGUUUUCUGCUCACACAGCAUCUUAGCUGGCCGAUCUUCACACGCGAUCCCGAAAAAACCAAACUUGCGCCAAUGAUGCUUCGAUACGUCACGGGCACAGCUGUGGCUGUGACGGGCGGCGGACUGGGGCUUUUCUUCUUCUGGACUCCGUCGAGGCUUGCGACGCGGGUGACACUUUAUCCGGCAACAUCGCAGAUCGGAAUCCGAACGGCAGCACGGCCGUUCCGUGCCUUCUUGCCUGCUUCGAUGCGCUCGAGAAGAAGCGCUUCGCUCAAUCCUCAAGACCCUUGCGAACGCUUUCACCCUCUCGACGCCCUUUAUCGACGCGACAAGUCGUCGGCUGUCGAGAUUGAAGAGUUUGCGCAGGGAAAGGGAAGGCCUGUGGUAUCAGCAAAAUCAGGUACGCGACAGAAGGUGCCGUCGUCCAUCCUGCUCGGCGAGGACGUAACGUUUGGAUAUCAACUCGAGGCUGCGCCGACACCCCUGUUUGAAACCAAGGCCAAAAACUUAUACCGACAGUACUGGUCGCGUUUCAAGCUCAGUUUACGCGGAGAGACCGACUGGUCACCUGUCGCAGGCGGUCAUGGGCUCACGCCGACGGAGACAGCAGCCAAGGCUCAACUCGAUCCCAAAGAUCCCUGGUUCAUGGACCGCAGAAACUUUGACAAGCUUUUUCCUGUGCGCAACUUUAGCUCGAAAAAGUAA